GUUGGUUGGAGGGCGGCGGGCGGCGGGCGGCGGGCGGCGGGCCAUGGCCCUGCUACUGUGCCUGGGCCUGACGGCGGCGCUGGCCCGCGGCUGCCUGCACUGCCACAGCAACUUCUCGGAGAAGUUCUCCUUCUACCGCCAUCACGUGAACCUCAAGUCCUGGUGGGUGGGCGACAUCCCCGUGUCGGGCUCGCUGCUCACCGACUGGAGCCAGGACACGAUGAAGGAGCUGCACCUGGCCAUCCCCGCGGAGAUCACCCAGGAGAAGCUGGACCAAGUGGCGAAUGCCGUGUACCAGAAGAUGGAUCAGCUGUACCAGGGCAAGAUGUAUUUCCCCGGGUAUUUCCCCAAUGAGCUGCGAGCCAUCUUUCGGGAGCAGGUGCACCUCAUCCAGAAUGCCAUCAUCGAAAGCCGCAUUGACUGUCAGCGUCACUGUGGCAUCUUCCAGUACGAGACCAUCUCCUGCACCAACUGCACCGACUCGCACGUCGUCUGCUUUGGCUACAACUGCGAGUCGUCGGCACAGUGGGAAGCAGCCGUACGGGGCCUCCUCCUGUACAUAAAUAAGUGGCACAAGUACGUGAGUUUCAUCCGAGGCAGUGAGUGUGCUCGUGAGCGCUCGUGGACAGGACACGAACAGAAGAACCACUCUAGCCUUUCUGAUAUCACCAAGCUUCACGUGUCUCGAGCCCCCACACCUGGCCAACCUGACUCUGGAAAAUGCUUCCGAGUGCUUGACACAGCACUGACAGCCCCCGGGUUUGCCAGACCGGCCUUCGCCUGGAGGUGGAGCCAGGACACAGCUGGACUGUCCCAGCCUGACCCCACGGAGCAGGCCUGCUGCUGCCUCAAGUCCCUCCACUCCCAUCAGAGCCUGGGGGCCCCCGGGAGGGGUAUGCAGCUUUGUUGGGCGGGGUCACAGAGCUUUUAGAUGCAAUUAUUAAAUGUCCCUGAUGUUUCUCAUCACAGCGGUCCUUCUCAGGGCAACGGGGACAGGACUGAGGGCCCAGGGACGUCCACGCCCAUUUCAGUGCAAUCCAUCUAAACACAUCCGGGCAGACUUGGAUGGACAGGAGUUUGUGGGUGGAUGGGUGCUCCUGAGGACUCAAAAGUGAGACUGCAGUUUGGUGAAAGCCAGGGCCAGCUUGGGUAUCUCUCGGGGUUCACGCCACGCUGGACUAAACCUGAGCCACAGGAGCACGGGAACUGUCCCCUGGCGUCGUUUCCUUCUGCAAACCCUCCACGUGGCUCACGAGAGGCUCCAAGUGCUUGAUCUGCACGGCAGACCAGCAGGGGCUCGGGCACCAGGGUCCCGCUGGGAGGUGGCCUCGUGCCGGGAAGUGCUGCUGGCAGCGGUCUGUCCAGGUCAGGAAAAGUCCGCGGGGCAGGUGGGGAGCGACAUGCUGGCGGGCUGUGGAGAACAGCGGUCUCAUGGGCCGAGCGCCCAUCCAAGGGGAUGGGUGCUGGGGGCACAGGCUGGUGGCCAGGCCAGCGCCGCGUCCGACACGGUACGGGACACGCUGCUUUUUCCACUGAGAAGACGGAGAAAGGCCUUGUGGCUGGUGCUUCUGGACGGAUGACCAUCAAGCAGGGACGCUGCUGGCAGGUGGGUCUGGCCAAGGCUCUCACGAGGCCUCGUCUGUGCUCGGGCUCUGCACUCCCCGCCUGCGAUUCCAGCUAGGGCUGAUCUGGCUUUCUGUCUGCUGACCCAGCCUUACUCAUCCCGAAUUGUCCCUUGUCCACAUGGGGUCAGUAAAGCCAGUGCAAACGUGGCCAAUUAGACCAACGUGAGCAGGGCCUGCCUCGCAGCACCUGUUCCCGCCGCUCACCCACAUGCCCCUCACUAGUGGGGUGCCCUGGGGAAGGCAGGGAGGGCACGUCCACUGUGCAUCGCUGGUGGACCUCUGUAGCCCAUGGGUCAGGCGGCUCUAGCCACACCGCCCAAGCUCGGGCGCCUGGACAGCGUAUGGGGGUGACAUCAUCUCCAUCCUGAGGGGAAGGGCGCA